UACUAAAAACCCUAUUUUGAAAUAUUACAUUUCUUUACUGGUUGAUUUCCUUCCAACUUCCACAUUUGAUUAAUAUUUAACAUUAGUUGUUUCUUCAUUUCAAUUGAAAAUUUUCUAAAAAAUUGCACACUGAAUACUACCUCCGGAUAUUAACGUACAAAGUUCCCUUUCAGCCAGGCUUUUUAUGUCCCAUUUUAAUUAUUAACCUAUAUAAACAACCAUAAAGCCUUCCUCUUCCUCCUCAGGGUCAGAUCUCUCCUUCCAUCACAAAACCAAGAAAAAAAAAACUCUCGUUUUUGUGGUCUCUUAUUCAAACCUCAAAAGAAAUGGAGUUAUUCACCAAUGGCAAUACCGUUAAGUUGCGGAGCCAUCUUGAUAAGUUUUUAGUCGCCGAGAGCGACCAAAAACACAUCCGUCAAAGCCGUAAAGGAGGAUAUACACGGCUCUCCGUUUGGACGGUGGAGACAGUCGUCGGUAAACCGAACCUGAUCAGAUUAAAAAGCUGUCACGGCACGUACUUAACUGCGAGCAGUAAACCGUUACUGUUAGGUAUGGCCGGUGACAAAGUGACUCAAACGCAGUCGUCUAACAACCCUAUGGAUAUGCAAACGCACUGGGAACCGGAGGGAAAUGGGGUGUCCGUGAAGCUGAAAUCUUGGUGCGGCAAAUGGAUGAGAGCUAACGGUGGAUCGCCGCCGUGGAGAAACUCCGUUACUCACGACGAGCCUCAUACGUCGAGGACCAAGAACUGGUUGCUUUGGGAUGUUAUUGCCGUUGAUGGUCUUGAUCUUGGAAACAUGUCUGAUGGAUGUGAGAGCUCUCUUUCUUCUCCGGUUUCCCCAAGUCUCUCCCGUUUGGGUUUCUGGUCAGCGCCCGGGUCGCCCGUUUCUGCGGUCAGGUCAAAGAAGAGUUUAGGUCGGCUCACUUCUUUUGGUUUACGUGCAAUGUCUCCGAGAUGGUCCCCAAAACUUGUAAAGAAGACAUGGAGCUUCAACGAAAACGAAACGGUAUCAGCAAUGGAUAUUUUUCAGAAGGCAAAAGCUAUUCGAAUACGUAGCAGCCACAACAAGUUUCUAGCGGCGGCGGACGACGAAGAAACAGUGUUUCAGAAAAAAAAGGGAUCAACCAAAAACGCUCAGUGGACCGUCGAACCAGUUCGCGAUUCGGAUCAUGUCAUCCGUCUUAAAAGCUGUUACGGCAAAUACUUAACCGCUUUGAACGAGCGGUUCUUACUCGGAGCUAAAGGGAAGAGAGUGAUUCAGCUAAUGCCGAUUCAACUCGAUUCAUCUGUUGAGUGGGAGCCGGUUAGGGAAGGGUCUAAGAUCUUGCUCAGGACGAGAAACGGUAAGUACCUCAGAGCUAACAGUAACAGUGGACCUCCUCCGUUGAGAAAAUCGGUCACGCAUAAUAAACGUCAUUCGGCUACUCAGGAGUCGAUCUCGUGGGAGGUUGAUAUCGUCGAGAUCUUGAAGAAUCCUCUAUUCACGGAGGAGGAGAUGGAGUUUACUCCGCCGCCACAUAGGAAGCCUUCGAAAUCCCCGUUGUCAGUUUCGCAUUCCAUGACUCCACCUUUCCUCUCAGACAUGCAUGAUACAUAUGUGAGUAUCUUUUUUUUUUGUUCCGUUUAAUUACUGAAACACCUUUCUAUACCUAGAAAGUACUGUCAUAACAAUUAUUUUAUUUUGACUAGCCUGAUGAGUCCCCAUCAAAAUCGGAUGGUAUGGAGUCUUCUCCAUCCUCAAAGAAGAUACCGCGGCAUAGGAAGCAGUCUUCGAAUCCGUUUGCUCAUUCAGAUUCAGAUGUGAGUACUUUUUUGUAAUUGAUAGAAAACAUCUGUUUAAAAUUAAAGUUAUUACGUACUAUAACAAGUUUUUAUUUUGACUAGUCUGAUGAGUCUCCAUCGAAUCUGGAUGAACGAACCAUCAGUUAUCAUUUUAAUCAUCCACUCAAGGUGGAAAUGAAGUCUACUCCAUCUUCAAAGAAAACAUUACAUCCGCCACUGCAUAGGAAGCCCUCGAGUUCUCCUCAUUUGAACACUUCUUCUUCUUUUUCAGACAUAUCAAAUUCAAAUUUUGAUGAGUCUCCAUCGAAAUUAGAUGAGCAAACCAUCGGUUAUCAUAUUAAGCAACCAUUGAAGGCGGAGAUGAAGUCUACUCCGUCUUCGAAGAAGACGAUGCAUGUGUCACCGCAUAGGAAGCCAUUGAAUUCUCCUCCUCCAUCUUCUCUUUUUAACAAAUCAGAGUCAGAUGUGAGUACCUUUUUAUGAUUAACAAACCACUUUUAUAAAUCUAAACUUACUACUAUAACUUUUUUUUUCUUUUUUUUGUCAAGUCUGAUGAGUCUCAAUCGAAAUCGGAUGAGCAAACUACCAAUUAUCAUAUUAAUCAUCCAUUCAAGAAGGAAAUGAAGUCUACUCCGUCUUCAAAGAAAAUGAUGCAUCAGCUGCCUCGUUGGAAGCAGUCAAAUUCCCCUCACUCGAAGACCCCAACUUUUCAUUUAGACAUAUCAAAUUCAAAUUCUGAUGAGUCUCAAGAUGAGAUCGGUUAUUGUAAUAAUCAUCCAUUCAAGACGGAAAAAAAGUCUAUUUCAUCUUCGAAGAAAACGACGCAUUUGUCACCGCAUAGGAAGCCGACGUCAAAUUCUCAUCAUUUGAAGACUUCGUCUUAUAUUUUCGAUAGAUCAGAUUCAGAUUCUGAUGAGUUUCCAUCAAAAUUGGAUGAGCAAACCGUGGAUAAUCAUGGUAAUCAUCAUUUCAAGGCGGAGAGAAAGCUUACUUUGUCUUCAAAGAAGACGCUGCAUCCCCCACCGCAUAAGAAGCCAUUGAAUCCUUAUCUGAAGAGUCCAUCUUUUCUUUUAGACAUAUCAGAUUCAGAUUGUGAUGAGUCUCAAUCGAAGUUGGAUGGGCAAACUAUCAGGAAUCAUAAUAAGAAGCCUCCUAUGUUGUCGAAGAAGAACCUGCAUCCGCCGCCACAUAGGAAUUUUUCAUUGCCAGUUUCAUAUACUAGCACUCGGUAUUCUCUUUCAGACAUAUCAGAUACAGAUUAUGUUGAAUCUCCACUGCAACCGGAUGGACGAACAAUCUAUUAUCGUAUAGCUGAUGAAAGACACGUGGAAGACAAAUCAACUGGUGGAUAUAUUUUCUCGUUUAAAGGAACCACCGUGGUAGAGCUUACUCAAAUGCUACGAGAAGAGACAUGCUUGGAAGAUGUUGUGGUGUGCACUCGCAGUCCCUUAAAUGGCAAGUUGCUUCCCCUUCGUUUGCAACUUCCUCCUAACAACGAAACACUGCAUGUGGUUCUAGUACCCUCCAGUGGUAGUAGCUUCUAGAGAGACGUGAGUAAAUCAAUUUUUACUUUAAGCUCUCAUAUGGAGUUACUGAAUCUUUGACUUGUUUGUUUGUUUGUUAAAUUCAUCAUUGUCAAAUGAGUGACUGGCCUUUUGUGUGGUGAAGUUUUUGGUGAAGCAUGUGAUAUGAGCCUUAUAAGAAGUUAAUAAGAUAAUAAUAAUUGGUAGUUAGUACAGAACUCAUGGUCACGGAGAUAUAAGUCGGCGUCGCUCUUGAGCAUUAAUCAAUCUUAGUACGAGAUAAAAACAUAGCAAUAGUUUUGAUAAUUGAAAAAAAUUAAUUACAUUUUGGGGAUAUAGUACAAGUUGUUUAAUCAUCUAAAAUUGUUCACUAAACCACUAUGAAAACGACUUUAAUCUUGUGAAAACAAGUGUAAUCUGAGAGCAUGAAUGGUCUCAUUCACUAUGAAAAGUUUCCCAAAGAUUUUCUAUCCUGGAAGAGAGUAGAGAUUUUGUGUCUCUAUAUAUGGGUCGACCUGAUCUCCCUUUGCCUCUUUUCGAGAAGGUACUUCAAAUGUUGAUCAAAAUGACAGGUACUUCAUGAUUCAAUCAUUAUCUUUAGUUUACUUCACUUGGUUAUAACUUAGUAGAUUCUACCGGAGAAUCAAGAACAAGACUAUGUUUAUGGUAUGCUUGCAUUCCCCUUAUUGGAGCUUGGUCAUCUAGCGGAACCUGAGAAAGCUGCUAGGAAAGGGAAUGAGAUCAACAAAACAACUUUUGGGCUCAUCAAUGCGUGAGUUUCAAACGUUUAUUAUCCUUAUCUUUUUGUUGUUACGUGGUAUGCAAGCUUUUCAUUUUUGUGUGUUUUGGGAUGUUGUGUCAUGUUCUUCAAACUGAAUGUCGGUUCAACAAUGCAGUAAAAUUCAUGAAAGGAUGGUCAGCUUCAUGGGAUUGUUGCUUUUCCUUAAGGUAUUCACAUAACUGGUGGCAUGACACUGUCUGUUACUUGGUAGGAGGUUCUCUCAUAAGUAAAGUACAAGAAAUAUAUGAUAAUCAAGCAAUGUGGUACCAAGAGUGGCUUUUUGACAUUACAACAAUUUGGGCGUUGAUUAAAGUUGGCAACAUUUCCCGGUCAGUGCCACUCUCUUUUCUGACAUUUUGUUCAAAUGAAGUUUUGUUUCUUGAUUUAUCAUUUGACGCGCAUCUAAUUAUGACAAACAUGUAAUAAUCAUAAAAUGAGCAAAAAGAGACAAAAGUUGAUGCAGAAAGCGUUUAGUUCGUUCUUGUUACCCAUGAGUUAUAACUAUUGGGACUAUUUGUGUUUUUUAUAUAUCAUCAUAAGAUCGGCUUUCUUAGUUUACGUCAGCUUGCUGAAGCUGUUUAUGAAUAUGGAAAAGGAAACUACAAAAGAGCUCUAGAACUGCUCAGUCCAAAUUAACUUUGACGCUGCCGACCAUAAGGUGAUUGAGGCAUCAGAUCUACAGUUAGAUGUUUUUAAUGAAAUCUGGUACACAUUACUAUUACUCACCGGCCAAUCUUCCACUGCGAUUAAAGUACUGGAGAGGAGGAUAUAGCAGAGAGAUGGUGAUCCUUUCUUGUGGCGUUUGCUGGAGAAGAGUUACAUCAAGUAAGGGCAUAUUAUACAGAAGCUGUUGUAACUGCAUGUAGAAAACAAAGGUGUUGGAAUCUUCAUAUUCAAGUUUGCUUGAUUACACAAAAAAAUAAACAGCAACCACUCUGGUUAUAUUCUUUAGACAUGUUUUAACGCUUUGUUGAAUAUAGUUUGGAUCGUUAUGGGCAUUGUAAAAGUUGACCUUGAACAUUCUAUAUCAACUUGCCGCUUGAAUAUAUAGACAUUUUAGUAAAGAUCAUAUUGUAAAAGCUUACAUGAUCUUUUUCCAGCAUGUUGCAUCACCUAAUUAAGAAACUUCGAGAUGUCUUAUACUGUAAUUUUGUAAUUAAUUAAUAUACAUAAAAAUAAUGUUAUGACUUUUUUGCUAUUACAUGCAUGAUGCAUCACCCUGAUGAUGGUUGGAGUUUCAUGAGUUUUUAAGUGAAAACAAUAUUUGGUGACUAUUUCUUUUGAAAGCUUGACGUCGACCACAAAGGUAAUAUUAAAAACAAAAGUCAAACGUUGAUAUUUAUACUUCUCGGUUGUCGCUAAUCCAAGUCAUAGGCCAUGAUCAGUUACAUGUACCUCCUCAUGAUCUUCAUUUUCCAUUGUUCUUUCUCAAACGGCCAUUUUC